GUCGGCACGCGGAUCUUACUUGAGAACGUGCCAUGUCGAGCCAGAACCUCCUGGAGAAACCGAGUGAUGGCGGCAUGGAUGACAAUGGGCUCACGACGUACAAGUGGAAGGUUUCCCUCUUUGGAUGCUUCGACACCCUCGUACCGAACACCCUCAUGGCUGUCGUCUGUCCAUGUGUGUCUGUUGCCCAAGUCGCUGCCCGUGUGGGCUUUGCCAGCUACCUUACAGCGCUGAUAGUGACGUUUGCCUCGUACGUCUUCUUCCUCGUCGCAAUGGGAGUCCACUCGACGGCGCUCCGUGUGCUUGCCGUCAUCGUUGGUUUUGUGUACUUCGGUUACAUGUGGUACAUGCGCACGAAGGUUCGCCUCCUCUUUCAAAUUCCAGGCUCGAUUCCGGAAGAUGCAUGCACUGUCCUCUUCUGCGGCGUCUGCUCCAUCGCCCAAAUCGCAACCCACGUCGAAAGCUACACCCCCAACUCGUGUACCUUCGACGCCAAGGCAACUUUGCCUGGAUACAUUGUAUGACAAUAAGCAUAAAAUGAACAACACUCUCGAGUUUACCAUACCAUCGAACGAAUAAAAC